AUGCUAAAACCAAUACAGAAAGUAAAGAGCUAUCUAAAGACAUUGGGAAGGUUCAUUGGCCCUGGAUUCAUGAUUGCUGUUGGAUAUUUAGAUCCAGGCAACUGGGCCACUGACAUGGAAGGUGGAUCAUCCUACGGUUACCGACUUUUAUUCAUCAUCUUGAUGUCCAAUUUGAUUGCAGUCUUUUUGCAAAACCUCACUAUUCGACUUGGCACUAUAUCUGGACUUGAUUUGGCAUCAGCAUCUAGAAAAUACUUUCCUCGUUGGCUCAAUUUAUUCUUGUACGUGUUAGCAGAAUGUGCCAUCAUUGCUACCGAUAUUGCAGAAGUCAUUGGUUCUGCCAUUGCAUUGAAUCUCUUGUUUCCAAAGCUACCCUUACCAGCAGGUGUAGCGAUUACAGCGGUAGACGUCUUUAUCAUUUUGAUGUUUUACACUGAAGAAGCCGAUGACCCCGAUAGUAGUGCAACGUCAGAUUCUGCAUCUGUACGUAUGGUGCGUUUCUUUGAAAUGUUUGUCAUGAUGCUGGUGGCUGCUGUUGGUAUUUGUUUCAUCAUUGAACUGGCCUAUUCGGAUAUUGUCGCUGUAGAUGUGUUCAAAGGAUUUCUACCCACCAAAGAAAUCUUCGCCGACCCCGAAAUCCUCUAUAUCGCUAUUGGUAUCAUUGGUGCUACCGUCAUGCCUCACAAUCUCUAUCUCCAUAGUUUCAUUGUUCAAGCUCGCUGUCGUGAAUGGCGCACGCAACGUCCCAAAGUUGUCAAAAAUGGAGACAUCUGGCUUGUCAAGACGGAUCCGCUCAGAGACAAAGACAAUACAAAGCAGCCCAUCGUGGAGACGCUGAAUGUUACAUCGGGUGAAAAGGGAACUACCACUGCUCCUUCACAUGUCACUGUCAGUUUGGAGCCAGAAGAGCAACAAGACAACGCAUCAUGUAAAUCUCGCACCGGGAUUGAUUUCGAAACCCUUAAAUCGUACCUGGAUACUUCCUUGAAACACAAUCUACAUUAUGGAUUUGUGGAUUUAAUUGUUGCCCUUACAUUUGCCUUCUUUGUCAAUUGUGCUAUCCUUAUUGUUGCCGCUGCUAAUUUCUAUUAUGGUCCAGAUAACCAACAGCAACAAGUACAGGAUUUGUUCAGUGCACAUGCGCUCUUGAUGCAAUACUUGGGUCCUCCUGCUGCUGUUACUUUUGCAUUGGCUUUGUUAUGUGCUGGUCAAUCAAGUACACUGACUGCUACUUUGGCAGGUCAAGUUGUCAUGAGCGGCUUCCUUGGUAUGACUACUCGUCCGUGGAUUCGCCGUAUCGUUACUCGAUUGAUUGCCAUUAUUCCUGCCAUGGUGGCUGCUUGUGUUGCAGGCCGUGAAGGUCUCAGUAGCAUGCUUGUCGGUAGUCAAGUAGCAUUGAGUAUUCAGCUCCCUUUUGCUGUGGUGCCUCUGGUGUAUUUUACUGCCAGAAAGCAAGCCAUGAAACUAGAGCUUGUUGUACAAGCAAAAACCAUGGAUCCUGACCCAGCAAUAGUGACUCAACAAGAGAAGAUGUCCUUGGUGGAUCGUACUAUUGCUCGUUUCCGUUUCUCCAGCUCAAAAUCGGACUGGUUCCGUUUCCCUCAGUUCAGCAAGAUGAACAUGGACACGGUCAAGAGCUAUUGUAUCAAAUCUGAUCACACCACCAGCACUGCUGCCAACAAUGUAGGAUCUCAAAGCACAUCAGCAGCAGAGACACCGGCUGUCGUGGUAGAAGAAAUGGAUCAAUGGCCUGAACCAUUGACGUAUGCUAAUGGCAAGAUAGCCAAUGUUUUUGCUAUUCUUAUUUCACUGCUAUUAAUAGGCCUCAAUGGCUAUUUGGUUGUAUCAUUAUUCAUGUCUAUUUAA